CACAUCCGGUAAAUCCUAAAGGAAUUCUGUUUCGUCCAUUUUCUAACAGACGACUGGUUGAAUCUGUCAGAUUUUCUCUUCAGUGUAGAUACUUUUACAAAGUAACUUUCCCUGGAAUAUAAUCAGAUUACAUUUCCAAUAAGAAAUGAUUCGUCGAUCGACGGGUCAUUUCUCCUUGUGAAGGAAUCGGAAGCUUCACAUUUAACCCUUUCGUAUCAUCAGGAUACACAAAUCCUGAUUGUGGGAUCGAAAAAGACUCGACGAUUUAGCAUGCAUUUACUGAAAACAAAAAAACAAAAAAAAACUCGACACGAAAGGAUUAAUUGAUAGCGUCGAAUAAAAUUCGAUAACAAUCGUACGCUUUUCUUUUUGGGAAAAAACGCGUGACUGACGCGCAGCCUCGUGAAUCCUGGCGAUCCGACCGGGGUAACCUGGUCAAUUCUCGACUCGCUACACCAUAUCGCGUCUAUAUACAGUUUGGCAGGGCGCCGGCGCCGCUUUCUAUAAAUAGCGGGUGCGACGCUGACCGGCGCUCGCGACGGUUAAAGUAGCGACGGCGACGGGGGAGGCGAGCGCGCGGGGGAUGCGUGGCAGUGGUUACGGACGGCGAGCGUCGCGACGGCAGUAGUAACGGCUCGCUACUCGCGCGGCCGCUCUUCUCGGCUCCGCUCCGCUCCGCUGCGGCCGCAACGACGAUCAAUCGAGCCGGCGGGGAGGGGUGUUCGCGCGUGUCCUCGGGCUCCUCGGGUUUCCCCAAGGAAAGUACCACCCUCGUCUCGAAGAUCCGAGAGAGCCCUCGCGCCCACCAGCUGGCUGCGAGUCGGAGAGCGAGGGGCGCACGGCGGCCCGUUCAGAGGCCGAAGGUCCGUGGAUUCCGUCGUCGUGGAGGCUUCGGACGACUCGCCGGGAGCGUAACUCGUGGAAGGGAUCGCGAGGAUCUAGCGAGGACGCGCGAGGGCACCCCGGACUUGGCGGGGUUCGCUUCCGGCCGCAGCGAGAGGCGAGGGUCCAUCGUGCGUCUCCUCCCCCGCGCUCGACUAUGUGCCGGCGUCUCGCGGGAGCGAUCGGGACACCGGGAUCGUCGCCGUUGGUGCUCGACGUCGUCGCGACGACGGCACGCAGGACGUGAGGCCCGCUGAGACGCGUCAGCUGAUUCGACGUGGUCUGCGAGGGACAAAGGAGAUCCACAAUGGCUCUAGUAAUGCUGCCGUGCGACCUGCCUUGGUGGCCGGCCGUCGUCAAGCAGCUGGACAAGGCCGCCACGGCCAAGAGCUCCGAGGACCUGAUAGACGCGAUGCAACGACUGCAUGACAUGUGCAACAUAAGCCUCGAUCCCGAGGAGGACGCGCAGGACGCCGACCUAUUCUCCAUGUUGGGAACCUUCCUAGACAACGAUCUCGAUCUCGCGGAACGGGAGCAAGUGUUCACGAAGACAAUACCGCGGAUGGUUGAGAAGGCGAAGGCGUUGAAGUCUACGAAACCCCCGCAAGGUUUACACUUCAGUCUCCAGCAGCAAGGUGACAGCGUCGAGUACAGCUACGCCUUCGUCUCCUCUUUAAUCGCGAAUGCGUUCUUCUCGACGUACCCGAAGAGAACCUCGAAGACCCACCCCACGUUGCGCGAUUUCAACUUUACCAACUUCUUCAGACACCUCCACAAAAACGCACAGAAAGCCAAACUCAGAAGCAUCUUUCAUUACUAUAAUUAUCUCGAGACGGAGCAUGCGCUCGACGGACGUCUAAUAAUCUCUAGACAGGUAAUGACGUCUAAGCAGUGGUUGACUAUCGAAGAUUGGCUGGAAAGCAACGUACCUCUAUGCCCGCUGACGAUACGUCACGAGGGACGAUUGGAAAGAGUCGAGUCGGAAUCAAAAGUACUGCAAGUUUGUUUCGCGAAUGCUAAAAUUGGCGGCGGCGUGCUCGAUGGCGAUCUCACGCAGGAGACUGUGCAUGUGGCAACGCACCCGGAGAUGCUCGCCGCGAUACUGUCCGUCGAGGCCUUAGAAGACAACGAAGUACUGAUAAUCGAGGGCGUCAGGCAUAUGUCGAGGAUAAACGAUCCGCGGCACAAGGCGAUAUUCGAGGGUAUCUCGAAGCCGAACGUGGUAACGGUCUGCUGCAUAGAUCCCGAGGACUAUUCGCGAUUGCCAUUGACGCAGUUCGAGGAGGACAACAUUUUGCGGGAGAUGAACAAGUCGCUGCUGGGAUUCCGUCAGCGAUACGUGCCCAGCAGCCCCACGGAUCCGAUCAAGUUCGAACUGGAGGCGGAGGUUGGCCUGGGCUCGCGCAGAUUGUCGCCGAUCGGCGAGAGCUUUAGCAGCACCCCGCCGGAGACGGAGGGCGAGGAUAAAGUUUUCGCGACGGGCAAGAAUUCCAAGACAGACAAGCAGGCCUCGUCGCGCGACGAGCACCACAGAUUAGAGAACGCGACCGAAGUGCGAAGCAGGCCUAACGGUAAAUCGAUGAGACCACCUAGUCCUCUCAAGGUGUGCAAAGACGCGAGUUGCACGAACCGAAGGAACCGAUUCAUCGUGCUCGGAUCCAGCGGCGAAGUUCUGCCGGUGACGCGACAGCUCGGCCAGAUGUCGGUCUACAGUAGUUGUAAUAGUCAGAGCACGGACAGUUUCCAUAGCGCUAAGGAGACCAUCGACGAGGAACCUGAGGAAGAAGAGCAGAAGGUGAUCAAAUGCUACAGCGCGCAGUUAGAUACGCCCGAGAGAAGAGGAACUUUCGCGCAGCGACUGAAAGACGCUCUUAAGCGAGAGAGUACGGCGACGGGGGCGACUUCCUCAAACACCUCCUCCGGCGAGAGCAGUUACGCCGUUGGUAUCAGUGUUAGUGGUAGCCACGUUGGCGAUCAAGAUAUCAAGUUGAAAAGGGGAGGUUCGAGGGGUUUCGUUUUGCGGGACGAGACGGUGGACGAGGAGUUCCUGAAGGAGUCUUUAGAAGCGGAGCAAAAGUGGCUGGGCCGAUUCCGGCAGAGUCAGGGGCCCAUGUUCCAGAGGAAGGACACAAGCGCGAGCAGCAAGUAUAGUUUUAGCACCGAGUACAAUUCUGAUUUUUGUUCCGAGUUGGAGGAGGUCUAUGAGCAAUUGUCAAAGUGGCUGGAGGAUCCGAUAGUGGCGGACGAGAACCGGGAAUUGGAUGCGAGAGAUCGGGCGGUUGUGCGCUUCGCCGGUUCCCUUCUGAAACGCGCCCUGAGCGAGUCGUUCGCAGGUGUGCCGGUCCAGGAGGGCGAACCGCAGCCGUUCAUCGACGCAAACGACGUAAAUCAGCAGCACAAGCUGGCCUUAGCCGUGAGGAGUCUCAGUUUGGAGCUCGCUCGGCAGAAAAAUCGGAGACAGCAAUCAGUGUCUGAGUCCGAAGGCGUAGAUCGCUACGAGGACGCCUCGUGCGAGAUGGUAAGAGAGGCGAGGGACGCCCAACGUAGGAAACUUUGGGCUGUCACGUUCACGUCGGAAGUGUUCCAAACGUUGGUCGAUGAUCAUACGACCGUACGGCUGUCCACACCGCCCGCGACCGAGUCGGGGCAGACGGCAAACGAGCGUGAAACGCGCCAAGCGAGCACGCUCGGUGUCUCGGAGUUGCCGCACGAACACAGUCCACAAGGAGGAGGCCUGUUGCCCGUGGCUACCGGCAACUGGGGAUGCGGGACUAGACUGAAAGGCGAUCCGCAAUUGAAGCUCGUUGUUCAAUGGCUCGCCUCCUCCCUGGCAGGCACACCAAGACUAAUCUAUUACACUUCCGGCAAUCCCAGUCUAUCCAAGUUAGACACUGUGAGCCGAGUUCUGAUGGACAGGCGUUGGUCGGUGGGCGAUCUGGCCGCCGCGAUGCUGAAGUACGCCAUGCACGCGAUCGAGGAACGGGUGGAAGGGAAGAACAGCCUCUUCGAGGAGAUCAUCGGCAUGGACAAGUCGGGUCCUUAGCCCGAUUCGAUGCUGUCCGUUCUGGUAGAUAUGCUGGCUACCAUGAUCGAGGACAGCCUGCUGAAAAACUAAUAUAUCACUAUAUACUCUUCCGCGGGAGGGACAUACAAAAAGAAAAGAAAUGAACGGGUAUUUGACUGUAGUUAAACGCAAGGUAAUUAGCUCUAACUCGUACAGGCCUAGUCUUAGAUGAAACGUGUUAUACGAGUUUCAUUUUGAUAAAAGGGAUCUCGUUUUCUUUUUGUUUGUUUGGUUCAACUACUACUCUCGUCUAGCAUAUCAAAAUGAUAUCAGUCAAACUCGCACAGUUCGUUGUACAAGGCAAUAUAUCAAAUAGGGAAAGAUAAGUAGUCGCUGCGAUAUUUUCUAGUCUAUGUAUGUAGUGUAUCGUGCUGUCGAAUCAAGCUGUACUAUAAGGAUCAUCCGCGCUACAUUUCCGCGAGGUAAUGGAGAAAAAGAAAUGAUACACCGUGAUACACCGGACGUUCAGUUCUCGUUAAUGUCACGUUGCCGUGAGAGAGCGUGGUAAGCUCUCUGCAAUCAUACGUAAUAACGGUCUAGUCGCGUACGAGAGGUCAAUUCUGGUUUUACUUCGUACAGAUCGAGUAACUGGGAUAUUUACAGUUACAUGCAAUAACUAAUGAGGCACAAUAUACUAAACUAUAUUUUGUACAAUAAUAUUUUUAAGUCGUUCUACACUUUAAGUCGAACUAUAUAUGUAUGUACAUAUAUUACGUAUACAUGUGUAUAUAUACACACACGUAUGUGUAUAUCAUAUAUAUACGUAAUAUGCCAAUAGAUUUUUAGAGGGAAACUUUUAGUAUUUUAUAAGAAAAGAUUAAUGUGUAGGGGGGCAAUUUUGUAUGAAGGUAAAACUUAUGUGUACACAUAAGUCGCUGUUGUGGAAUUAUACAUUCGGGUAUAAAGAAUGGGUAAUAAUGGCCUACAAAGGAAAACGUAUGCUUGGUAGUAUGUAAAUCAAUUAAAAUGAGGUCUUCCAUUAUUAAAGCAAAAACGUGUGAAAGUAUCCUAUGAUUUGUAUAAUCUCGCUGUACUUC